UACGCAUAUACGUUCUGAAAAUAUAUUUUCAUUUUUCGAAAAACUGGACACUCGGCGGCUAGAGUCGACUUUUCAUGGACAGUACUACAUGCUUUGAACAAAUUUUUAUUUCUAGAAAGUAGCUAAGGAAACUAGCUAUCGAGCGCUAUCACCCGCAUCCUUUCAAAAGUCUUACUGAACAAGAAAAAAGUAUUAUACUCUCUUGUUCCUUGAUUAUUCAUAAUUACAUUUUCUUCAAAUUUUCUAGAUUAUUUUGAAUUAAUUUAUGAAUGUGUUGAUCAGCGUUUUCAAUUUUUGAACAUCAUAAGUUUAAAUCUGCGUAGUCCUCGUGAACCAGAUAUCGAUUUGGCUAUAUUACAAGCAUUAUUAAACGCAACAAGUGCCUUGGAUUCUGGAAAAGAACACGUUGAACAUAAACUUGAACAAUUACAAUUGGCAUUGGAAUGGGAUCGAGUUGAUAUAGCAAAAAACCAUAUUAUGACAGACGGGCAAGAUUGGUCGAAAACUAAUUUAAAUACCUUAUUUUCAAUCGCACUUGAACGAAAUCAAACAGAAUUUGUUCAAUUAUUUCUUGAUCAUGAUUUUUCAUUAACUGACUUAUUUCAUGAUAAUUCUAAUCUAUUAAAUUUAUAUAUAAAACUAAUAAGUACUCAGACAAAUGAUCCAUUGCGUACAAUUUAUUCUCAAUAUUUGAAGCCUCAAAUUGGUGACUUUUUUGAGAUCGAAGCUGUUUUAAGUUCAUCUACAUACGAUCACGAAAAUUCUGAUAGUAAUGAAUAUGCUAAAUGUUCUAUAAAAUCAUACUCUGACAAAUAUUACCUUGACGAAACUGGUAAGAGACCAACUGAUUUAAGACCAAGUGUAUCAGUGAAUAGUACAAAGUAUAUGGAUAUUGAUAAGGAAUUAUUUAUAUGGUCAGUGUUAUCAGGAAAACACGAAUUUGCUUUGUUAUUUUGGUCACGUUCAAAAAAUAAAAUAUGUGCUGCAUUACUGGCCGUCAGAUUUUAUAAAGAAAAGGCUAAAAAGGAAUUAGAUGAAAAGUUUAAGACAUAUGCUGAUGAAUUUGAACAAUUAGCCGUAGAUAUUCUUGAUCUCUUUUAUAAACAUAAUCCAAAAGAGUGUGCCACCGCAAUGAUUAGACAAAUUCCGUCAUUUGGCAAUUCUACAUGGUUACAGAUGGCUGUGUGUGCGAAAACCAAAUUAUUUAUUUCACACAAAGCUGUUCAAGAUGCACUGAAUAAUAUUUGGUACGGUUAUAUUGAUGUUCAAAAAUGUGAUGAUAUCACCAUUAUUUUUGCAUCGUUUAUGUUAUGGUUUAGUGGAUUUUUAAAAUAUCAUGAUGAACGUGUAAAAGUUGAUUCCAAUAGACCAAAUGUAUUACUGCAUAAAAAAGAAGAAAAUCAUUUACGAUCCUCAUUAUCACAUAAAAAUAAAUCAAACCAAAUUAUCGAUAGUUCAAAAAUGGCUCGACCAAAGGAUGAACAAGGUGAUUAUAUUGAAGAAUUUCGUGCUUAUCCUACAGGAAUUUUGGAUUUCAACGUUGAGAAAAUGAUUGAAAGUAAAAUUACUCGCUAUUUUUCCAAUAUAUUACAAUUUAUGAGAGCGCCCUAUGUCAAGUAUUUAUACAAUUUGUAUUUUCAUGUUGUAUUUUUAAUGUUAUUCAGUUAUAUCAUGUUAUGUGAUUUUUUUCCAAUACGUCAAUUUGAUGAUGAAAUUUCUUGUCAAUCGGCUAAUCUCGACAACGACAAUGAAUAUGAGGCUGAUAAAAUAAAAUCGAGUGAAAAUGCAUUACUUUACACCAAUAAGAUUACAAAACAGUCUACAUCAAAAAUGCAUUAUGGUAUACAACCACCUGAAAUAUUACUUGUUUUUUGGAUAUUUACACUCUUAUGUGAAGAAAUACGACAAUUGUGUACAAUGGAGGCUCAAACAAUUCGUGGAAGAAUUUUCACUUAUUUAUCUGAGAUAUGGAAUAAACUUGAUGUACUCGUUAUAACAUUAUUUUUUAUUGGUUUUAUUCUACGUCUUAUACCCGUUGAAGGAUGUUUUAAUGCAGCUCGAAUUGUUCUUUCUAUUGAUCUUAGUAUUUGGUACAUGAGAACGUUAGAUAUAUUUGCGGCUGUUAAAAGAUUAGGACCAAAAUUAGUGAUGAUCAGCGAAAUGGUACAUGAUUUAAAAUUUUUUGUUAUGAUGUUAACAGUAUUUAUAUUGGCUUUUGGAGUAUCAAGUUAUGGACUUAUUUAUGGUGUACAACCAUUCUCAUGGCAUUUACCUCGAAAAGUAUUUCAUAUUGCUUACUGGCAAAUAUUUGGCGAAUUAAAAAUUUUAGACGAAUUUGAAGAUAGUUAUAAAGCAACAGGCUACACUGUAUUCGUAUUAUUAUCUGCUUAUAUGGCUAUUGCUAGUGUACUUUUGGUCAAUUUAUUGAUAGCUAUGUUUAGCAAUACAUUUGAUCGUUUACAAACAGACACCGAUCGUAUAUGGAAAUUUCAACGAUUUUCAUUGGUUUAUGAAUAUUUGACACGACCCUCUUUACCACCUCCAUUAAUCAUUUUUUCACAUUUAUGGCGAUUUGGAAUAUGGUCAUGGGAUGUUACUACCCAUGAUGUUUGUGCUAUCUGUCGUACACCAUUGAGUGAAUCUUGUUUACGUUGUCAAUCAUUGAAUAAAUUAGAUGAAUGUGUUGUGGUUUGGGGCGAUUGCAAUCAUUCGUUUCAUAACUGUUGUAUGUCGGAAUGGUUAAAACAACGACCACAAUGCCCGUUAUGUCAAACAGAUUGGGUUAUUCAAAGGAUUGGAAAUUGA